AUAUAACUCCAUUUUCACACUCUCAUCUUUCUCUUCUUGAAAUUGAAAUCUCAUUCCUUCACCUCUACUCACAUGGCACCACAUCUAUCUCUCCUUAUUCAUCGCUAUUCUAUAAUAAGUAAUAAUAAUAAAAAAAAUUAAAUCUUUUUAAUAAAUUAAAAAUACCCAUUUGACCCAAAAUACAAAAAUACCAGAAAAAAACCCUAGUCCUAUUUUUUUUUUUUUUCUAUUUUCAAGAAGUGUAUAUUUUUGUUAUACCCUUUCUUGAAUCUUGAUUGAUCCAAAAAAAAACCCAAGUGUUAAUUACAUGUUAAAUGAGGUUUUUUAGAAGGUUUAAUAAACAAAGGAUAUUUAUUAUCCUUUGUUUAAUUGUUGUUUCUGUUAAUACUCCAAGUUUAUUGCUUUCUUCACAUAGGCUUAGACAUCUUGGAUAUGAUGCAUCAAAGGAGUUUGUUGGAGAUUUAGCAAUUCUUAAGCACAAGAUAGAGGUUCAGGCGCUUAGUGCAGUUCAACAGGAAGAAGUUGGAAGCCUCAAAGAACCGAUCUUGGAUGUCUACCGGGAUGGAAACCAAACUUCUGCAGUCAGUUUGGAUACUAUUGAUAAGAAUGAUACUCUUGGCCAACCUAAGAAUGUCAGUUUGGUGGGAAAUGAUGUAACCACACAUGAUGCGAAGAAAGAAAGUUUAGUAACAACACAUGAUGCGACAGUGACCACACAUGAUGCGAAGAAUGAAAGUUCAGUAACCACACAUGAUGCGAAGAAUGAAAGUUCAGUAACCACACAUGAUGCGAAGAAAGAAAGUCAACCAAGUCUACAAGAGAAAACACUGGCCACAGCAAGAGAAAAGGCAUUGGAAAAAUCCAGACUCAAAGAGAUUCAACACGGUCAGAAUGUACAGUCUCAUCCACGGAGGGUAUUAGAUGAGAGGGUGAAGGAGAUUAAAGAUCAGCUGAUUAGGGCCAAAGCAUACUUGAAUUUUGUACCAGCGGGUGGUAACUCUAAUUUUAUGAAAGAGAUAAAGCUACGAAUUAAAGAAUUGGAACGAGCUGCUGGUGAUGUUUCUAAAGAUUCUGAUUUGUCAAGGAGGGCAAUUCAGAAGAUGAAGGCCAUGCGUUCAACCCUGUCAAAAGCCAGUAAAAUGUUCCCGGAAUGCUCAGCAAUGGUGAAGAAACUUCGUGCGAUGACAUAUAAUGCUGAGGAACAGCUUCGAUCGCACAAGAAUCAAGCUUCCUUCCUUGUAAAUCUUGCUGGAAGAACUACCCCGAAAGGCCUUCAUUGCCUCUCCAUGCGGUUGACCACUGAAUAUUUUGCCCUACAACCUGAGGAGCAGGAACUACCUAACCAGCAUAAAUUUCAGAAUCCAGAUCUCCACCACUUCGCUGUUUUCUCUGACAAUGUUUUGGCAUGUUCCGCAGUUGUCAACUCAACUGUAUCAACUUCUACAGCUCCAGAGAAGAUCGUGUUUCAUAUAGUGACGGAUUCUCUUAACCUACCAGCCAUGACGAUGUGGUUCUUGUUGAAUCCUCCUGGCAAAGCAACAAUUCAGAUCCAGAGCAUAGACAGUUUUGAUUGGUUAUCAAACAAGGAUAUUCUGCAGAAUCAAGAGUCUCUUGAUCCAAGAUAUACUUCUCCGCUGAAUCACCUGCGGUUCUAUCUGCCCGAUAUUUUUCCUUCUCUCAACAAGAUAGUGCUCCUUGACCAUGACGUGGUUGUGAAAAGGGAUCUAAGUGGUCUUUGGCGCAUCAACAUGAAGGGAAAAGUGAAUGGUGCGGUGGAGACUUGUCUUGAAGGCGACCCAUCUUUCCGCCAAAUGGAUAUGCUCAUCAAUUUCACCGACCCCAUGGUGGCAACGAAAUUUGACAUGAAAUCAUGCACAUGGGCAUUUGGGAUGAAUAUAUUUGAUCUGCAGGAUUGGAGAAAGCGGAACUUGACCGGGCUAUAUCACAAGUACUUGAAGCUGGGAAGUAAUAGACCAUUAAUGAAAGCCGGUACUUUGCCGAUUGGUUGGAUGACCUUUUACAAACAUACACGUGCUAUAGAUCGGAGAUGGCAUGUCUUGGGGUUGGGGUACGACUCUGGUGUGAAACUGAGCGAAAUCGAGCAAGCAGCAGUGAUUCAUUACGAUGGAGUUAUGAAGCCAUGGUUAGAGGUCGGAAUUCAAAAGUUCAAGCCUUACUGGAAGAAACACGUUCGGUAUGAACAUCCCUUUGUGCAACGAUGCAAUAUUCAUGACUAGCAAUUGUAUCGUUUAGCUAUUAGAUCGAGUUCCCACUUCACCACAAUUACGUAGUGUAGGAGCCCCUCACCGCUCACCUUAUUCUUUCGCACAUUGAUCCAACGAUCCAACAAUUUUCCCUUGUAAAGUCCAACAGCUUUUACGCCCCCGCCUGCCCAGAUUCAUUUCCUGCUCUCUACUGUCAUAGAAAUUUAUCCCCACAAUAGCAAUAACUUGGGACCUAAUAUUGGUGUGUCCCUGAGAUUCUUGUACUGUUUGGACUUGCCUGUAUAUUGAUCUAGUAGAAUUUCUAA